UGAAUUUUAUAAUGUUGUCAUGAAGUGUACCGUGUCAUUCAAUUCAUUUAACCGACCUGUAUGUCAGUGUAGUUGGUUUUAUAUUUGAUAGUGUGUUAGUUCCAUCAAUGAAACUGGAUUUGAUGUGUUUAUUAAAAUCAUCUAAAUAUUUUACAGGUAAUUUGAAGACUCAUUAAACAGUAUUAUAUAUUUGUAAGGGGAAGUGAUAUAUAGUGAAAGUGUUACGACCAGUAUUAAUGAACCAAGUGAUACAUAAGAUAGGACACGAUGUGUGAACAAGGGAGUAAAUAAGUGAUGAUGACAGUGAGGUGACGGUGGACCCUGGCCGUCGGGCUGUAGUGUAAGAUAGAAAGAAACAUUCCUCUGUUAAAAAUCCUAAGCCAGGGCCCGGCAGAAAACUGCAAGCGUGUCUGCAAAAUGACCAAGGGCCCUCGGAAAGUGAAGCUAGUCAUAGUAGUCAACAAUAAAAAAGAUCCGCCCACAUUCAAAACCUUAACGCCCACAUCCCGCACGCAGCUUAAACAACAGUUGAUGAGAGAGCAUGCCCAGGAGCAACUACGAAGGGAAUCGUUACAGACUCAGCAGGGUGGUCAGUCCAAAGAACAUGAGGACAAGAAGAAGUCCCUCCCGACGGAGGUUCCACGCGUCGCUCCACACUUGGAACUACCACCGCAAGUGUUACAGGUGCGAACAGUUUUGGAGAAUCCCACCAGGUAUCACGUGAUCCAGAAGCAGAAGAGCCAGGUGCGCCAGUACCUCAGCGAGUCAUUCACACCACAAACACAGGUGUCAGCUGUCCGUGGUCCGGUGCAGAGCGCCCCGGAGCUAAGGUCGUCAUCACCAGAACGUGGAACUGUCCUCAGUCCAGGACUAUGCUCAGCAGGAAACUCAGAAACGGAUGAAUUUCUGGAUGACAUCCUAUCCCUGGAUAGCGGGGCUGGUCCCCUGUCGUCUUCGGAGCCCCCCUCUACAGCCAGCUCCGUGGCCGGGGACUGCGCCCUCUCAGACGCAGACAUGCACGCGCUCGCUAAGGAUAGACAGAAGAAAGACAACCAUAAUAUGAUCGAACGCCGCCGUCGUUUCAAUAUAAACGAUAGAAUUAAAGAGUUGGGUACCUUACUGCCCAAAACGAACGAUCCCUUCUACGAGGUGAUACGGGACGUGCGACCUAACAAGGGGACCAUCCUCAAGAGCAGCGUCGACUACAUCAAGUGUCUGCGGGACGAAGUCAACAGGCUCAAACAGAGCGAACAGAGGCGGAAACAGAUUGAGCUGCACAACCGGAAACUGAUGCUGAGGAUACAGGAGUUGGAACGUCUGGCGAGAGUUCAUGGACUUCCGGUCAAUGAAAGCUGGUCGGCAUCACAAGAGGACUCGGGGGUCGAAGCCUCCCCAGAAUGUUACACUGACAAGAACCCAGUACACCAAGAGCCUCCAGCUGUGCAGCCCAAGAGUGAACCAGCGCCGAUGGAACUGUCCGAUGGAAGGGACGCCCUUGCAGCACUCACAGCGCUUGACGGUUUGAAGCUGGGCUCAUGUUCUCCCCUGGACCGCGGAGCAUCUCUGUCCUUGGACUGCCUAGAACCAGACCUCUGUCUCGACACACCUGGAGACCUCUUCCACAAAGAUAUCAAGCAGAUGCGUUUGUCACCCACGGCUGGUCUCCUUGAUGAUGAAGCGGUGAUGAACCUGGCUCAGAUAGAAGACCUCAUGGAUGACGACUCACACAAUCCCGUCACACAGGGAGACCCGAUGUUGUGUUCGUCGCCGAGCGCGAUGGGGCCGGCGGGAGAUUCGUCCUGCGCCAUGCUGCACAUAGACCUCGCGCUGCACAACACAGACUACGGCUCACGAUCUCUCCUGUCCGAGCUGAGUGACGGCCUGCCUCUGUUGAUGGGUGCUCCGCCCCCCCGGGCCUGCUUCGACAUGGAUCUAGGGGCGUAGUCCCCACCAGCUCCACUCACAACGCGGUCUUUUAGAAGCAUUUCAUUAUACAGGGUGGACACGACCCUUACUCCAUGUAUCCGAUGUGACGAGCUCUGUGAAGUAAUAAUCGGAGAUGCAGCGGUUCGCCCGCUGGGCUCCACCCUGUAUAUAGUAUACAGUAUGUUAUUGUUAUAAAGUAUCUAUAUCUCCGAUCGUUGUGAUACGAGAAUAUAUUUUUGUAAGCCUAUACACGUUGUCAGCCUCGCAGCCCCGCCUCUAAGCCGGCUCGCCGUUCCCUGCUCGCGAGCUCGGUCGGGGCUUCUCGAACAUAUAUUUUAUUGUAAUCAGUUAAGUGUGACUCGUGUUAAGUCAGUGCCUGUCGCCGUGCGUCGCGUGCAAUAAAACAUAUUGAACACAUAUAUAUUUUAAUAGUAUUUUUUUUCGCGAACAAAUUUUAUAACGUUACUUAUAUAUGAAGAUGAAGUUAUUGUGAUGUUUUUAUUUAUAUAUACGAAAUAUUGUUAGUGAGUCUGUCCGUAGCGUUAGAGAUGUUGGCGGCGCUUUGAAGCGCUCGAAUGUGAAUGUUAUUUUAUUUAAUAUAUAAAUGAGAUUAUGAAAAUAUGUUGAAGUACAAAAAAUAUAACAGAAUUUACCAGUU